CGCGAUGCCGCGCGCGGCGACGCGACGCGACGCGACGACGGACGACGGUGACGACGCGGUGAUGCGCGAUGAUUCGCUGCGUAAAUGGGCGCGCGAGCUCGUCCCGACGCUGAGCGCGCACGCGGACGACCCCGCGCUCGGGCUGACGCUGGACGCGCUCGGACGAGGCGCGGACGCGGCGACGGCGACGAUGCGCGAGGUGGCGACGGCGGUGGCGCGACAGGCGUCGACGAUCGACGCGAAAAUAUUCGAUCGAUUGCCGGACGAGGCGGGACGGCAGAGCAUGGGAGACGUGUGGGCGAAGAUUAAUUCGAGCGGCGCGAGCGGGACGGCGCGGGGACGCGAGCCGAGCCUGCCGAGCCUGCCGAGCCUGCCGACGAUGAAUUUCAUGCAGUUGACGACGGCGCUGGCGCUGGCGGACGCCGGGGGGGAUGAAGCGGCGACGACGACGGCGACGGUGACGGCGGGGAAGACGGCGAAGGCGAAGGCGAAGAGGGCGACGAACGGGAGGGCGACCGCGGUGAAGAAAACGACGACGACGAAAACGACGGGGAGUGCGCCGUCCCGGGUGUCGAUGAUGAUAGUUCCCACCGUUCCGGGCGUGUCCUACGAACCCAAGCGGUUGAAGAAGCGCAGCGGCAUCGCCACGCCUCCGGCGUUUCGACAAGCCAUCGCCCCGCUCAAGAUGGGACGGAAGCCGAAAGGCGCCCCGAAAGAGACCGAAGCCGAGAAAGCGCUCCGCAUGCAAGAGCGGCUGUUCCGUAACCGCGAGAGCGCGGCGAGAAGUCGCGAAAAGCGCGAGAGCGCGAUGCGAGCGCUCGAAGAGGAAAACGCCGCGCUCCGCCGCGAACUCGUGGCGACUAAAGCGAAACUCGCCGCUUUGCAGCGCUCAGGAGGUCGUCAAUAAUGAUUCCGCGCGACUGGUCGCGAGCGCUCGAUGAAACUUAGUGCAAUAAAUAUGAUGUGUUGUGUAUUUCGCCGCGCGCGCGCUCGUCCCGAAAGAGUUGUUGAGCGUCCCAGCCCGCGCGCGAGCCGUACAUCGGCGCGCGCCCGCGCGCGACGGUGCGCGC